GAUGAGAAGAAUUUUAACAAAAUUCAAUAAUUAUCAACAAUCUGUUUGAUGAGGUGUCACUCGCACCGCUUGAAUACUCUUCCGUGAAGAAGUUAGUACGGGAAUAAUAUUAUCGAGAAACAUGGAGCAAAGCUUUCAGAAAAUUGAAGAGAUGUGUGCCUUGUUGAGGAAUGAACCAGGCCCAGCAUUGGAUUGGAUUUCAAAAGUCACUCAAGACUUCGCUGAUAUAGAUCCUUUCACUCGCUAUGGGUUUAUGGAUGCAAAGGAGAAGCAAAGAACUCCUGUGCCAAUCCUACAGAAGGUUUUUUACUUGCUUCACGAAUGCUUGCUCAACCAACGCUGGCCAUGCAGUCUAGAUAUACUGCAGAAACUAUGCAGCAUCCCUGCAGGAUCUUCAUCCACCAUAUGGAAGGUUGGGUCUGAGUUGCUGGCCAUGCAUGGGAGUGAGAACAGGGAUCUCCUUCAACAGCUGUACAACAAAAUGAAGGUUCUAGCAGACAUAAACAGCCAACAGGUUGCCAUAGAGUUUGCCAUUUACCUUCUGUACAUCGGAGAAAAGGAUGAGGCUAUUAAUAUAUUUCAGGAGCACAUAUCUAUAGUUGGUAAGAGCCAGAAUGUUGAGGGACUGGAUGAGAAACUGCGAAAAGCAUACCUGGGCCUCGUGUGGUAUGUCGAGUGGCGGAGUUAUCAGCAGAAGAUACAGCAGUGUGAGCAGGACAAGGUUGAUGGUAAAGGAAGUCAGGAUAUUCACUCAAGUCUUCUAAACUAUGAAAUGCAGACAAGCAACUAUGCAAAAAAGGCUCUACAGUGUUUUGAUGCCCUGAAUGGAGUUCCAGGCGUUUGGGAUAUAUUUAUUCUGAAACAUGUUGAGGUUUUGGUUUCCAUGGAGGGGGUUGAGGCAGGAGAGGCCCUUCUACAGGGCUACUUGGAGGCCCGACCAGAUAACCUUCACCCUCACAAGUACAUGUACCAGUUUCUCCUCACUUACAAUUCACACCAGGAGAAGCUGCUCAACAUACUCAAGAAAAUUGCCACCCUUUCUCCAUCAGAUGCGCUUGUUAUAGAGCUGUGUAAGAGACUACCCCCAGAAUCUCAGAUAGGCCAUCUCUUCCAGCUAUUGGACUACGCUGUGUGGCAGAAUGACCUGUCACCAUGGCAACAGCUGAUCAACUGCCUGGAACACCUGCUAUACAGGAAAGAGGGCGUUGCAGAGGGUCAGCGCGCUGUAGCAGACUGCUGGUCCGAGAGGAAAUCCUGGUGGCCAGCGUAUCACUUCAGCCGUCACAUGGCCAGCCAGGGGGGAACACAUGAUCUAACUCUACUGAAGCUCAAGGCCACCGCUGCUUCAUGCCUCAUAGGACAAGGUUGUGAGUUCACCAAGCUAUGCUAUGCCAGGUUGACCCCUGAUGAGAGUGAAGCUGUGUCUAGGACUUCACUCUGGAAUACAGACUUUGUCACCUGAACCAGCAAGACAGAAUAACUUGGAAACUCUUAUUACCAAUACAAGUAUAUCUGAAAAGAUAGCUGUGAUCAAACAUGCUCAUGCAUACAUAAGGACAGCC